AUGCAAAGUAUUAUACAUUCUAUAGAACAAUGCAAUGUUAUUCGUUAUACAUCUUAUAGAACUGCAGCAAAAAUGCAAAUUUUGCACAAGGAACUUAGUAUGCACUAUGUUCAACUGGAAUUGAUUGCUGGAGUUUUUGAACGUCAUAGACUUUCAAUUACAGAAAAUUGUGUAAAUUUAGAUCCAAGUGAAAUUGAAGAUGUUCUUUCUGAUAUCUAUUUUGCUGCAUGUAAAGAAAAUAAUACCAAUUUUGAUAUUGAUCUUGCAACAAAACUAGCCUUGAAUUAUAUUUUAACUGCAUUUGAUAAACAAUGUGCUGGAAAUGUUUCUGUAUUUUCUGUGAAAGUUGCCUUAAUACUAAUUAGCUCUGGAAAAUUACAAGAAAAGUAUGGAUACCUUUAUCAACAAUUGGCUGAUCACAAUGCAUGCUUAUCUAAAACUAGCUUACAUACAUUAUUAACAAAUAUUUGUAAAAUUACGGAAAUGCUUGGUGAAAAUGCAGUAUAUGGACCUCAAAAUAUUCAAUCACACAUUGAUAAAUGUUUUGCAAAGUCUCAAGGAUGUCUUGGAGUUACUGAAUCCGAAUUUGCAACAUGGAUCAUACAAGAACCUCCUUUACUUGUUUGGAUAACAACAUUUAAUCGCAUGAAAUCUGCAGAACAUAUUGUACAUAAUGUUAGAUGUUCCUCCUGCAAAACAACACCAAUUCAAGGACCACGAUACACAUGUUUAAAGUGUACAGCAUAUCAUCAAUGCCAACAUUGUUUCUUAUAUGGUAAAACAUCAGGAAAACAUAAACUAAAGCAUCCAAUUCGUGAAUUUUGUACCAAGACCUCAAAUCGAGAAGUAACAAAGUUAAUUAUUGAAUUAAUCAGAAAUAAAUUGAGAUUGUGUCCUGCUAGAUCCAUUGGAUUAAAUAUUGAUGAUCAAACUCCACAUGUAAACAGUAGUGAAAUAAUGCAUGCUGAUUGUGAAUCAAUAAGAAGUACAAUGAAGAGACGUGUUCUAAGUGAUCCACAAAAAGAACUACAAAGUAUAAUUACUCAUUUAGAAGAAGAAAACAAACAAUUACAAAUUGAAUUGCUUGAUAUACAGGGUACUAAAGCAGAGAGACUUCAUCGUCAUAGAGCUAUGAUUGAAUCGCAAUUACAACGUUUAAAGUUAUUAAAAAAAUAUUUAUUUGCUGAGAGAAUUUGUAUGCCCCAAGUAAUUAACCAUAUGCAAAGCACGCCAAUGGUUCCUCCUCUUUCAUCGAGAUUAACAGCUUUACCUAUCAAUUUUGAGUUAAGCCCGAUUAUUCGUCAAGAAAAUACAGAACAAAUUUCGGAUGUAAAUGAUACAGACUUAUUACAAUCAAAUAAUUUUAAUCCAACUGGAGAUUGUAUCAGCGGGGAAAAUCAUGAUGUUAUCGUUGACUCCGGAGAAGCAUCUACCAGUUUAGGUUUUAGUAACGUACUAGAACCUACUCGAAUAGAACUGAGUACAUGGAUCGGAGGUACAAAGAGAUCAGAAAUAAACCCUUCUGAUAGCGGUUUUUCUCAGUGGUUGGGUUCUAAUGAUUCUGACUGCAAGGAAGAAAAAUAUACUAUGAAAACUAUGACAACUAAUACCGAAAAUGAAUCGCCUUUAGUAAUCUCUGAUUCUCUCAUAGGUAUUCAUAGAGAUAAUACACCAUCUUCUCUACAAAGACCUGAUAAACAUUCACAACAUAGUAGUUUGCAAAAUAUUCAAGGAGAUCUAAAUGACAUACUAGACAGAUUACAAAAUAUGGUUACUGAUGACCAUUUACUUGAUGAUUCUUAUGUUGCUAAUGAUAACUGCAAAUUAAAACGUGCUACAACAGAAAUGGAAGAUUUAUUAACAGGACUCAUUCAAGGUAUGGAAUCUCGCAAGAGUAAACUUACUACUAUUGUGUAA